GUUCACUUCCCUGAUGUUGAACGAGUGGAGUGGCUGAACAAGGUCCUUGUACAGGCUUGGCCAUACUUUGGAACCAUCAUGGAAAAAUCAUUUAAAGAAGUUCUUGAACCAAAAAUCAGAGCAAAGAGUGUACAUCUGAAAACAUGCACCUUUACCAAGAUUCACUUUGGCGAGAAGUGCCCUAGAAUUAACGGAAUAAAAGCCUACACCAAAGAAAUUGAUAGGAGACAAGUUACCCUGGACCUGCAGAUCUGUUACAUAGGGGACUGUGAGAUUCACAUGGACAUAUCGAAAUUUAAUCUUGGUGUGAAAGGUGUACAGUUGUAUGGGACGUUGCGGGUGAUCCUGGAACCUCUCCUAACAGAUGCACCUUUUGUUGGAGCAGUGACCUUGUUUUUUAUGCAGAAACCGCAUUUGGAAAUCAAUUGGGCAGGCAUGAGCAACCUUCUGGAUAUCCCAGGGAUUAAUGUAAUGUCAGACUCACUAAUUCAAGACUUCAUUGCUGCACGGCUGGUUCUACCAAACAGGAUCACGGUGCCUCUGAAAAAGAACAUGAACAUUGCCCACUUGAGGUUCCCUGUCCCCCAGGGAGUAAUAAGGGUUCAUCUGUUAGAAGCUGAAAACCUUGUCCAGAAAGACAAUUUCCUUGGUGCCAUCAGGGGGAAGUCUGAUCCAUACGCUCUCGUCCGUGUUGGCACCGUGCAGUAUCGAAGCAAGACAGUCUCCCGAGAUCUUAAUCCCAUUUGGAAUGAGACAUUUGAGUUUGUUAUUCAUGAAGUGCCUGGUCAGGACUUAGAAGUGGAUUUGUAUGAUGAAGAUCCAGAUAAAGAUGACUUUAUGGGCAGCUUGCUGAUAGGCCUGGUGGAUGUAAUGAAUGACAGAACUGUUGAUGAGUGGUUUCCCUUAAGUAAGACGACAAGUGGACACUUGCAUUUAAAACUAGAGUGGCUUUCACUAGUAAACGACCAAGAAAAACUACAUGAGGAUAAGAAGGGUCUGUCUACAGCAAUUCUGAUUGUCUACUUGGACAGUGCCUUCAACCUUCCUAAAAACCACUUUGAGUAUUCAAAUGGUGAAUGUGGAGCAAAGAAGAUCAAAAAUAACAAGUACAUCAAGAAGAUGGAACGAGAACCUUCCUCCUUUGUCCUGCUCACAGUUGGGAACAAGACUCAGAAGAGUAAGACCUGCAAUUUCAGCAAAGAUCCCACGUGGGGCCAGGCUUUCACCUUCUUUGUCCACAGUGCUCAUUCCCAGUCACUCCACAUUGAGAUAAAAGACAAGGAGUGGGAUAGUGCCCUGGGAACUUCAGUGAUAUGUCUUUCCCACUUACUUAAGGACCCAAACAUGACUCUGGAUCAGAGAUUCCAGCUGGACCAUUCCAGUUCAGAUAGCUUCAUUAAGAUGAAACUUGUAUUGCGGGCAUUGAAUGUUGAAGAACCUGAUCCGCAAAGAGUCAAGGCUGGUGUCAAUGCCUCGAAGCCAGGUCCUGUGCAUGUCAUGGAAAAGGCUGGAAGUCAGCAAAAGUUUUCCUCUCCACAAGUCUCAAAAGUACCUCCCAUGAGCAAAGACUCUGCAGCACUUGAGUCUCUGCCAAAAAAGGACAGUGGAGAAAACCUGGACACUAAAGACAGCUCAGCAGCUGCUGUACCAAGUGAAACUGUGUCUGGCCUUGAUGAAGCAGAGGGCAAGCAAAACCCAGAGCAUGGCCCACCAUCAGCAUUGCCCAGUGGAGCAGUGGCUGUGCCCACACUGCCUGUCCUGCAGGAAAUGAGGGUGGCACCCAGUGUCACUUCACUGGGGUCCCUGCCUUCUUCCUGCUUUGAAUUAAGUAGCAGCAACCUGGACAUUCAUAACGGGACUGAGGUGCCUCUGGGGGAGAUCCAGCUGACGGUGCGUUACGCUUCCAUUCGGCAGAGCCUCGUCGUGCUGGUCAACGGCUGCAGGAACUUGGUACCCUCUUCCAACCGUGGAGUCGAUCCAUAUGUUCGUAUAUACCUGCUUCCAGACAGAAGAUGGACAAGUAGGAAGAAGACUUCUGUUAAGAAAAAAACUCUGAAUCCCCAAUACGAUGAGAAGUUUGAAUUUUUUGAAUCUUUGGAAAAUAUCAAGAAAAGGACACUGGACAUUGCAGUGAAAAACAGCAGGCCAUUCAUUUCACAGGAGAGGAAGGAGCUGGGCAAAGUGCGCAUUGACUUGUCCCAGGAGGAUUUAAUAAAAGGUUUUGCACAAUGGUAUGAGCUGACAAGGAGCAGACGCAAGAAAUUCUGAUUUCUUCUCGUGUACAUAAGUUACUAAUUUUUCAACUUUAUACAAAUGUACAUAUCUCUUGUAAUUAACAUGUUUUGCAGUCACUGCAAAUUUGAAGCAGGCUCCAGCUCAGGACAUGCAAAUUUAAUGAUCCUAUUUGGGGAUUAGUUCUCACUGAAGUUAAACAUAUUUUCCCCCACACAGGGAAUAAUUUGUCCUUAAAGAAUAAAUCCUUUACUUUUGCUAUUUCUGCAAAUACCCCCUCAAAGGGCAUCUAAGUGUGAAACCUCUCUUAAAGAAGGGUUGUACCUGGGGAGAUUUUAGACUGUCAGCCAAGUGUCAUUACUUUGCCCAGCAGUCUGAUGGCCCUAGGAGCUCGUUCAUGUUGUUUUAACAUGGAAGUGGUCUACUUUUAAAAGAAUACAUUUUGAAAAAGUAUUCUCAGCUGUAGGGCUACAGAACCAGUUAAAAGAGAAACUCUUUAAUAGCUAUUUUGUUUUUUUUUUUUGGAGAAACUAAGAAGUUGGUAGUCCACUGUUCAGAAUUACCUUAGCCAACUGUGGCUGCAGGUAUGUAAAUAAUGAGCUUUCAA